UUUGUGUGUGUGUGUGGAUUCCGCCCCAUAGCAAGUUGCGCUUAUUUCAUUAAUUUAGACGCUUGAACCAAAGCUCUCUCUCCCUCUCUCCCUGAGCCUGGCACGGAGAUGGCACCCAUGGCGAGCAUGUUCAGCGCGCGGUGGCUCCUGCCGCUGCUGCUGCUGCUGCCGCCGGCGCUGUGCGGGCUGGUGGCCGAGAAGCAGCAUCGCCUGAGCGGCAUGAGCGGAUCGUUCACGUCGCCCGGCUACCCGACGCCGUACAAAAACCAGGUGGUCCACACCUGGCAGCUGUCCGUGCCAGCCGGGUACCGCUUGCGCCUGCAGUUCCAGCACUUCGAGGUGGAGCCGUCGUACCUGUGCGAGUACGACUACUUGAAGGUGAUGGCAGGCGAGCAGCAGCUGGGCUUGUUUUGCGGGCAGUACAGCACGGAUACAGAGAAGGUCCCCGGGAAGGAGCCCAUCCUGGCGCCCGGCAACACCAUGACGGUCACCUUCCGCUCCGACUACUCCAACGAGGAGCACUACACGGGGUUCGCGGGCCACUUCACCGCCGUGGACAUCGACGAGUGCGCGGAGUAUUCCGAGCACGAGGAGCUCGCCUGCAACCACUUCUGCCACAACUACCCGGGAGGGUUCCUGUGCUCCUGCCGCCACAGCUUCUCCCUGGAUCCAGACGGACGCACCUGCACAGUGGAGUGCAGUGGCCUCGUGUUCACGGAGCGGCAGGGCGAACUGUCGAGCCCAGAGUACCCCAAGCCUUACCCGUGGGCCUCCCAGUGCAGCUACACGGUGCGCCUGGAGGAGGGCUUUGUGCUGAACCUUGCCUUCCAGGAGACCUUCGACCUGGAGUUGCACCCCCACAUAGACAACUGCCCCUACGACAGCGUGACGAUUCGGUCGGGCGGUCAGCAGUGGGGGCCUUUUUGUGGGAAGACUCUGCCCGACCCCAUCGAGACCAAGAGCCCCGUGGCCGAGAUCGUCUUCACCAGCGACAAGUCUGGGGACAACACGGGCUGGAAGAUUCACUACACCUCCAAGGGUACCCCAUGCCCCAUGGUGGUGGAACCAGCAAACGGAUUCAUCGAGCCAGUCCAGGACUCUUACUCCUUUAAGGACCAGGUGGUGUUCUUCUGUAACACUGGCUACAGGUUAAUUCAGGAGGAAGACGACGAGGUGGUGCCCUCGCUGCAGAUGGCUUGUCAAAGCGACGGCACGUGGAGCAGGAUGACGCCCAGCUGCCGCAUCGUCGACUGCGGUCCCCCGUUGGCGCUCGACAACGGCAGAUGCACGCAAGCCGACUCCACGACGUUCCAAGCAAGCGUGGACUACGCCUGCGACGAGCCCUACUACAACCUCCACUCCAAACGCGCCACAAAGUUCGUUUGCAACGAGACGGGCGCGUGGAUGAACCCAGAAACGGGAGAGAAGAAGCCGUACUGUGAGCCCGUGUGCGGCCGCCCGCGCAAGCCGGUGGCCGGCGCGUCGGACCGCAGCAUGGCGGGGCGCGAGCGCAUCUCGGGGGGCACCCCCGCGGCUCGUGGCGCGUGGCCCUGGAUGGCGGCACUCUACCAGCUGAGGGGCCGCCCGUCCUGUGGAGGAUCCCUCGUUGGGGAGCGGUGGAUUGUGACGGCGGCGCACUGCCUCUUCACGCGGCACUUCCAGGAUCAGCCGACGCCGGUCUCCGUCAGCGGCAUCCACAUCAAGCUCGGGAAGCACAACACCUUGCGCCCGACGCCGGGCGAGCUGGACCUGAAGGUGGUGAACUACGUGGUCCACCCCGAGUUCGACGCGCAGACGCUGCGGAACGACAUCGCAGUCGUCGAGCUGGAGCGCAACGUGCGCGUCACCGACCUCAUCGCGCCCGUGUGCCUCCCGGACGAGCGCAUUCAGAGACUCACCACGCCAGGCACCAUGCUGGCGGUGACCGGGUGGGGUAAAGAGUUCCUCUCCAAAUACCCGGAAACUCUCAUGCAGACGGAAGUGCCGCUCGUGGACAACACCACCUGCCAGGAGGCCUACAGCCAGACGGUCCCGUCCCACGUCAUCUCUGAGGACAUGUUGUGUGCCGGCUUCCACAACGGCGGGCAGGACGCCUGUCAGGGCGACUCGGGGGGGCCGCUGGUGGUGAAGGACCCAUCUGGCGAUUGGCUGCUGACCGGCGUGGUGUCGUGGGGCGAGGGCUGCGGGGCCGUGGGCGCCUACGGAGUCUAUUCGCGCGUGGAACACGCUCUGCCCUGGAUCCUCUCCAUCAUUCAGUCUCCGUGACGACCGCCACCAUCCCUCCCUCCCCCCACACACCCUGCUCCCCCUUCUGGCGUCAUCUCAACGCCAGGUGACCCUCCCCUCACUUCUUCAGCUGUGGCGCGGCGCCCGCCUCGCCAAAUGUGUUUGGCUGCGACGUGGGGGAGGGCUUGAUUCAUGCUUCGUUUAAUUCGACGCUUCCCAGCCCAAUGUAAUUAGAACAAAAAUUCUCGCAGCAUUAAUUCAUUCGGGUCGGAGGGGCUGCGGCGCUAAUUGCAAUAGUCCACGGCCGAUCGCGGGCCCUGCUCGCACCGGCCCGUGUCUGGCGCUCGUCCGUAACGCCAGCCCUGCGCCGGUCGCGGAAAUUCCACAUUUGUAUAUCAGGGACGAGUUUACAACUUGGGUUGAACUCGCAUUCGAAUGAGCGUGGGGGGAGGGGUAGGAGUGGGUGGGUGGGGGGGGUCCUCAAGACCGUUCAUGUCUCUGAGGCCAGUGGCAGACAUUUCGAAUUCUUCCAAUGGAGGGCUUCUCCCUCUGGAGGUUAAAACCACUGCUGUUAGAUUUUUGAAUUCUCAUCAAGCGGUGUUCAUUGAUGGCACGAUGGGCUAAGUCGACCCUCGCCGGGAUUCGAUACUCGUGCUAUUCGGAUGAGGCGCACCCACCACAACACCAUUUGGCCAGAUUAAACAUUAAAUAAGCACCCUGCCCCCCAUCCUUGUAAAUCAACACGAACGCCGCCCACCCCCAUGCUCCAGCAGUUUUCCACGCUUUGCGUUCACCGGUCGUCUUCAUUCAAGGCGGUAGCAGUCGCGCGCACACUGCAGCGAGCCCUGUGUUGGUGUUUGCAGAGCGGUGGAUCGUGUUGGUGUGCACAAGUACAGGACAGUUGUGGAGAACCCCGUGGAUCAUUUCGACGAUGCUGCCCCUCUAAAGUUCGUCGGGCGACCUCGUGUGAAUUCUUCGCCGAGUGAGGCCAUUUGCACCGCUGUUUAAAAAAAGAAAGGCACUGCAGGUUGGCUAAGCUUAAGCGGGGAAAUGCUGCAUUAGAAUACUAAAUCGGCACCACUGUGAACCUGGGUUCGAAUCCUGGCUUCAGGCACUCGUGAUUGAAGCGGGUUUCUCGGGGUCCUAAGAUAAUGGUCACAGAUCGGUCAUCAGUAUCUGCCCGAAUUAAAACCAAUCGCACUGAACUUGGGCUAUCACUUUAUUUUAGCACAUUGAGCACGGUUUGACUACGUAUGGUACGGAAUAAUUUCAACCCACAUACAUAGAUACAAUUCGGCUUGCUCUCUCUCCAAUAAUGAUAACAGUAUAUGGUUUGAUUCAUACGCGAAAAACACCAUUUGUAGGCCUUAUGAAAGGUGUGCCCCGAAAGGAGACCAGAGGCCUUGUUAGGUAAUUUCAAAACUAGUUCCGGGACAUCGACUUCCAGGUUCAUUUUCAUUGUUUUGACACGGGAUAGUGCACUGCUAGCUUUGAGAGUUCGGAAUGUAAAGUUUGAUUUCUUCUUCCACGGCUGCAUUGCUACGAUCGGAUUGUGAUUGCAAGAAGACAAAACAGAGGGCACAGCUUCUCCUGGAGCUGUAUUUUUUAACAUCAUCAUGAGCCAUGAUCAAUCCGCUGCUGGAUGAAGAUCUUCCCAAGCCCUUGCCAGCUUUCAUGGUCCUACGGUGUAAUCAUCCGUUCAGCACCUGCAACACGAGCUGAUUUCAACGCUCCAUCUCCGAGGCGGACGUCGCUCUCUCCAAUGCGUUACAAUUCCUUGCUGCCACUCCGUAUUAUUAGCCAUCGGCCAUCAUCCUUUCUCGCAACAUCUCCUGCCUCACCCCGCCGACUCAUACUCUUUGUGUGAAUGAUGUCAUUCACCUGCGCACGUUCACGAAUUUACGCGUUCCUCCAAUCCGUCUCGCGAUGUAAUUCCAAGCAUGCGUCUCUCUGUUAUUUUUUUCAGCCAAUUUGAAAUGUUUCUUCCACUUUAAUUAUUAUUGAUAUUUUUGAUACACAUCCCAUCCAUACCUCCGCAGAAACGCACCACAUAAGGAGGUUUAACCUAAAAUAAUCACCCAAAUUGGUGAAAGGCUGUUCAUUAAUGGUUACCCGCCAUCCCACUCACCCCCAGCCAGCGUACCCAUAAUGGUCAGGAUUAACCCCGGACAACAACCCCUAACCCCGUCCCAUUUCACAGGCUGCUUGGGCAGACGGCUCGCUCACAGGCAGGCAGGGGCGCCGCGCGCAAACUACGGACGUGCAGUGGCCGGAAAGAGAAAACAUCACAGAGCCUCAAGGGAAUAAAAAAAAAUCGAAAUCCCGCUGAACGGAAUUACGUCCGCAUGGUGGUGCAUUUAAAUGUCCUCGCUGUCCCAGUUAGAUGGGGCAUUUCAUUCAAUUCGGUGCGCUGUCCUGCGCAAUGAGUCUGGCCUUAUUAAAACCAGCCACUCCAUCCCCCCCCCCCACUCCACCUCCCAGUGUCUCCCCGCACUUUCCGAACCACUUAGGUCACCCACGGUGAAGACUCCGUCUUGCCACACCGAUUGUUCUGUCUCAUCCAUUACCGUAUUCAGCCACCACACACACACACGGCAGGGCACAACAACACGCUCAUCCACCCACCCACUCACUCGCUCGCUCGCUCACCUCCUCACCCACUGGCCACGCUGCAGGUCACCUCGGUUCCCUUUCUGCUACUUCUCUCGCUCUGCUUCCUGCUUUGGUAUUCCUUCCUCGCAUCAACAUUUUUUUAGUGCGCGUUUAUUUCGUUGUCUUUCCCCUGCGCCUCUGAUUCCAGCGGGUUGGCUACGUUUGGUGCAAAAGAAGUUCUACGUGCGUACAUACACCAUCGCCCGUGUCGCUUUUCCCCAAGCUCUUACAAUAAUAACCUCGGCUCAAUUCGAGGAGCGCGUUAACUCACUCUUGACCUGUCAUGACUUUGACAGCGCUGUUUGUUGCUGGCCGCUUGACGCUUCCGGCAACCGUGGGUGGUAAGUAAAAAACAACAAAUUCUAGAUUUGAAGCUUUCGUGACUGCAAGGAUUCAUACCCUUAGUUUUUUCGGUAAAGUCACGUAGGUAAAAAACUGAAAUUAAAAUUAAUAAAAAUAAAAUAAUUAAAAUCACGACGUUUCAGAGGCAACACAAGUCUCCGUCAUCAGGUGGGACCGUCACAGCCAGAUUUGCUGUAUCAAGUGAGGCCUCACUUGUGUUGCCUCCGAAACGUGAUUUUUAUUAUUUAAUUUUUUUAAAUUUUAAUUUCAUUUUUUACCUACGUGACUUUACCGAAAAGACUAAGAGUAUUAAAAACAACAACCCAUGACCGCCCCGCAGCUAAUGGCCCGAGUGGUGGGCAGCGGUGGUGGCUUGGGGUGGCCGUGCCUGCGGCUCAAAUCCCAAUUGGGCGGCAACGCGGAACGCCGCGACCGCCCGACACGCGCCGCGUGUGAUUUCCAUCGCGCGGCCAGUGACAUUUUUCCGACAUUUCGCUCAAACGCGGUUUUGCGCUUGCGGCGCCACCGCCGGAGUCCACCGCCGGAGUCCACCGCCCAAAGGCGGUCGAGUCGGCGUGACUUUCCUGCAGUGCACGACCACUGCACCUCCCCCCCCCCCACCACUGUCGCCAUUCGUCCACAAAAUCGAAUUUCUAAUUGUCGAAAAAAGAAAAUAAACGGACAUCUGUAUUUGCGUAAACAGCGGGUUUGUGUCUAGAUUUGAAGCUUUCGUGACUGCAAGGAUUCAUAUUCUUAGGUUUUUUUGGUUCCACCUGAAGACGGAAGCUUGUGUUGCUUCCGAAACGUCGUGAUUUUUAUUUAAUUUUUUAUUUUACUUUUAUUAAUUUUAAUUUUUUACCUACGUGACUUUAACGAAAAAACCUAAGAAUAUAAUAGCGGGUUUGUGUUCAGGCCAGCCUUUGGAAGGGGCUCCUUUGGACGACGUUUUAACGACAGCGUUUGUGUUGAAGCACGCAAAAGCCCGAAUUGGUUUCAACAAUUGUUGGUCCUUCAAAAACAAAAAUGUUCACAAGCCAAGGUCAGAAAUGAACACGCAGGUUUCUGUUGCCAGAGAAAGGCCCUCGAGAGCUCCCUCCGUUGUGGAGGCCCUUCCGCCACAUCUAUGCGUAUGUACAUUGAACUUCUUUCGCGCCGUACGUAGCCAACCGUGCGAAUCAGAGGUGCGGGGGAAGGACAGCAAACCGCCAGCAGUGGCGUGAGCAAAACAUUUCAAGGCUGCACCUUUACCUAGGAUCGGUUCUGAUAUUUUCACUUUUCAUAAAACCCAGCGAUCCUGUCUGGGGUCCCAGAAAAAAAUCCCUUUGGUGCAGUGGGGCAAGUGCUGCUAGUGAACACCUAUGAAGGCCGGCACAGCACACCAGCGCCACGCCCGGCCGCCUUUGUCUCCCGCAUUAUGUACUAAUUUUGAGGCUGAGUCGACCUAGGGGAGGCCCAGGACCGGUUCAGAUUGUAAUCAUGAUCGGUGUUGGCCGUGAGCGGAAUCGAACUCGGGUCGCCAGGUUCAUAUCGCAGCGCGCUAACCGCUACACUACCGCUCCCCACACACCACACACACACCACACACAUCACACACAUACACCACACACACCACACACACAAACCACACACAAACCACACACACACACCACACACAUGACACACACACACCACACACACCACACACACCACACACACCACACACACACGACACACAGACACACCACACACACAACCACACACACACCACACACAUGACACACACACACCACACACCACACACACCACACACACACACCACACACACCACACACACACGACACACACACACACGACAGUUGAAUCACGGCAGGCGCUGCGCUGUCGUAUUCCUGCCGUGGCACUCGCCCAUCAGGUGGCAAAUCACGCGUGAUGACACAACGCGCCGUGGCCACGCAGUCGUAGUCCAACCCCCCCGCGCCCCGCGAUGACCAAAUCUGCGAGUUGCAAAGGCAGCUUCCACGUUAUCGAGCGAGGAUGUGAAUCCUGUUUCAACCUGCGCAAAGUGAAGUUUCCUUGUGGGGAGGGCGCGCGGGAGGAGCUCUCCGCUGGGGCUUUCGGGGUUUGUGCCGCGUGCUGCUCGAUCUACGGUGAUUGCGACGUUUCGCUGAACGUGCCGCUGGCGGGGCGGGUCUGCUUCGGACUUCAGCUCCUGAAGAAGCUGCCGGCACCUGGAGUGAAAGCUGUGGAGCAGAGGUCGCAAUCGGGUACCCGAUACCCGUACCCUACCCGAUACCCGGCUACCCGUACGCAGCCGGGUACGGGUACGGGUAGGCCGUGAGUCACUGGUGAGUCGCCGUUUGUCACUCAUUUCCCUACGUCUUGUCUCUUCUCACAAUUCAAGUUCCUAGAAUCAACCCACCCGCGCCUGCAACAUGGCUUCAUCCCAGAGGUCACAAUCAGGUACCCGAUACCCGUACCCUACCGGUACCCGGCCGGGUACCGGUAGAGUACGGGUACGGCCGGGUACGGGUACCCGUUUGCGACCCUGGUGCGGCCGGGUACGGGUAAGGAAUCAAAACCCGUUUGCGACCUCUGCUGUGGAGUCGGCUCGAUUGCAUUGGCCGGGUUGGAUGGACUGAUGGCCACGCCUGCUCACCCAGAGCGCAGCAGAUGGCAACACUCCGUUUGCACCCCCCGUGGCAGGCCACUCAAAAGCUGAAUUGUUCCCGUUCGGUUUUGAAAUGUUCAAUUCCUAAAGCAACUCCCAGCACGAGGAGCGAAAACGUCAGACUUUGUGCCGAACAGCACGCGGUAGAAUCUGGAACUGCAUCGGAUAGCUAUACAGAACAGCUGCGAAAACGUAUUCGUUAUUCGUAGGUUUGUGUUGUUUAUGCAGCGCAAGGUUGGUUAACAGUUUUGAAUGUUCAGGUGCGCGUGUGCGUGUGUGCAAGAGGGGAGAGGUGGGGUAGCGGUUAGCGCGCUCUGCUACGAACCCGGCCACCAGAGUUCGAUUCCCGCUCACGGCCAACACUGGUGACGAUUGUCUGAAUCGGUCAUGGGCCUCGCCUAGGUAGACUCGGCCUCUAAUGAGUAACUGGUGCGAUGUGUAAACUUCGCCACUGGACAGACGAAGGCGGGCGGGCGUGGUGUUGGCCACACACCCCCUCGCGCACCGUGCCGGAGUUCAUAGGUGCUCGCUAACAGCACUUGCCCCAACAGUCUGUUACAGGCUAUACGGGGGAUCUUUGUUUUUCUUGUGCCGCCACUGAAUUAGCCACGCACGACAUCACCAACUGCAGCCUGUCUCCGGAUGAUGGCAGAAUUUGUUUCACCCCCUGCUUUGAACAUAAUUACAUUUUAAUAAAAAAUGUUGAACGGGAGGAGGGCGAAGACAGAUUGGGGUCACAGCAAACAUUAUUGAGUUGCGUUUAGAUUGAGGGGCUCACGUCCCGUGUACCUUGUUUUUCUUUUACACAAAACGUGUUGCUUGCCAUUGCGAUGGC